CCGGCCCGCUCAAUUCAUCUCUAAAACCCUAAAUUACCGCAAUAAAUAGGUAAAACAAAAUUAGGGUUUUGAUUUCCUCCCGCUGGCAUCUUCCUAAAGAACGCUGAAGGCUCUCAGCGGAAACAGCUGCUUCCAGACCAACCGAAAUGACUAGAGGGUUAAAGAAACAUUUGAAGAGGCUCAAUGCUCCAAGGCAUUGGAUGCUUGACAAGCUUGGCGGUGCAUUUGCACCCAAGCCGUCAUCUGGACCACACAAGUCCAGAGAAUGCUUGCCGCUCAUUCUCAUUCUGCGAAACAGAUUAAAGUACGCUCUAACAUAUAGAGAAGUGAUUGCCAUUCUUAUGCAAAGGCAUGUUAUGGUAGAUGGGAAGGUUAGGACGGAUAAAACAUACCCUGCUGGUUUCAUGGAUGUUGUAUCGAUUCCAAAGACGAGUGAGGACUUCCGCCUCCUUUAUGACACAAAAGGUCGUUUUUGCCUUCAUGCCAUCACCAGUGAUGAGACCAAGUUUAAGCUCUGCAAAGUUCGGUCUGUCCAAUUUGGUCAAAAGGGUAUCCCCUACCUUAAUACGUACGAUGGACGCACCAUCCGCUACCCAGAUCCUCUAAUCAAGGCUAACGAUACCAUCAAGCUUGACCUAGAGAACAACAAAAUUGUAGAUUUCAUUAAGUUUGAUGUCGGGAAUGUUGUCAUGGUCACUGGAGGAAGAAACAGAGGGCGUGUUGGAGUGAUUAAGAACCGUGAGAAGCAUAAGGGUAGCUUCGAGACAAUCCAUGUCCAAGAUGCUGCUGGACACGAGUUUGCGACUCGUCUAGGCAAUGUCUUCACGAUUGGUAAAGGAACGAAGCCAUGGGUGUCACUUCCAAAGGGCAAGGGUAUCAAAUUGUCCAUCAUUGAGGAAGCCAGGAAGAGGCUUGCAGCCCAAGCUACUGUCUAAAUUUUAUGAUUAAAGAUAUAAUAUCUGGAAUUGUUUUUUGUCAAAUGAAUUAAUCUGUUUGGUGGCCCUUUGUGUUUGCUUUGGUAGGAUUUAUGUUACAGUUUUGGACCAAUUGUUAUAUUAUUUUUUUAAAUUAAAUUUCAUUUUGAAAUGCAGAAAUAGGUUGGAUUUGAAA